GGUAACCAGGCGAGUAUUAGUGGCGCUUCUCCCGUGCUGUGGCUCACGUUUUGAUACUAGAGGCCGAGACUGUCCUGGCGACUCCGACCAUUGCGGCGACGGCUUAGGCUCUCGGAGGAGUGGCAGAAGACGGUCCGGAGGAGGGGCUUCUGUUCAGCCCAGGUGGGCUCGGGUGCCCGAGCUGUGAGGAAAAGGACCCUUGGCUCCAGGGGCGUCCUGCGCCCCUUUUACACCGCGGCGGGAGCUGCAGCUGGAAGGUGAACCGGACAGAGGCAGAAGAACUGGAAAGAGGCGGAAUACACUGAACAGGGAACUUGGCAAGAGUCUGUCAUAAUGAAUGGAUCAAGUGUGGCAAAUACACCACCCAGUGUAAAAUCCAAAGAGGACCAGGGACUAAAUGGGCAUGAUGAAAAGGAAAACCCAUUUGCAGAAUAUAUGUGGAUGGAGAAUGAAGAGGACUUCAACAGACAGGUGGAGGAGGAGCUGCAGGAGCAAGACUUCUUGGACCGCUGCUUCCAGGAAAUGCUGGAUGAGGAAGACCAAGACUGGUUUAUUCCAGCACGAGACCUGCCUCAGGCCAUGGGACAGUUGCAGCAGCAGUUAAAUGGACUGUCGGUCAGUGAUGGUCAUAAUUCUGAAGAUAUUUUGAGCAAAAGUAACCUGAACCCAGAUGCCAAGGAGUUUAUUCCAGGAGUGAAGUACUGAGCCAACAGAAGAUUUGAGGAGGACUUGUCUGUCCCCACAUCUGGGGAUAGUGAUGCACAAAAAGGCGGAGCUGUGUGGAGGGGGGUGGGGUGGGCGAGGGGUGCACAGCGGGGAAGGGGAACCGCGGUUUUAACUGGAUACUGUGACUCUGAGUAAUGUGCUCAGUCUUACUCUACAAGCCUCUGAGUAUUUCUUGUUUGUUCUACUGACUUUCACUUGGAGCAGUUUCCUGUUUUUUGUUUUGUUUUUAAUUAACUCUUUUGAAUUAAGGAGAUUGCAUUUUAUUUUUUCCUUUAUCAGGAAUGUUCUACUGUCUGUGUUUAAACAAAAUAAGCUGACCAAGGAAAACUGGGUAUUUAAGAAAUACUCUUCUCACCCUGCUGUGUACCUACCAGGAGCAAGGAGUACCCACAGAACUACUUGUGAAGUCUGUUCAGCUGGAUGGGAAGAGGGACAAGCAGAGGAAACACAUGGUGCAAACCAGAAUCCAGAGCCCAACUCUCCUGUACCCUGGAGUUUCUGCAGUGAACUGGGAGUACCUGUGGCCUGUAGAGCCAUGUCUUUCUGCCCUGAAUCCCAUGCAAGAAAAUGCAGACGUAAAGUUCUUAGCUUAUGGUAACUUUUCUGAUGGCUGAUGAAAGUUAUAAAUCAGAAGGGGUGGGUUAUGAUAGCAAUUGUCACUGGAGUCCUGUGGUUGCUGUUGUCCACUUCUUCAGCCUCUGUUUACAGCUACCAUCAGACUCAUCAUUUACAGGUGAAGGCGCACUUAGGGUUGAUUUGACACCUCAGCCCUCAGGUGUCUCUCCUAACAUUUGCUUUCCACACCAGCCCUACUGUUUUUAGGAAAAGUUAUUGUUACAGAAACAUGUGAGAUGCCUUCUGUUUUGGCCGUCAGCUCCAGUCUGGAGACUUAACCUUAAAUUCUGUUUUUGGUUUACAGUAGCAUCUUGGGUAGUGGUGUCUUAAAUUUAUUUGGACAGUUUAAUUUUUUUUCCAGCCCCAUUGACACUUGGUAGUUCUCCUAGUAUCUUAAUUCCCUCAGAAAAGUUUAUGCACUUUUUCAAAGAAAUAUAUUUUUAGGACACUAGUAAGAAGCUCAGCUCACAGAUUGGAUACUUCUCCCACCUUAUAAAAGUUUGCAAAGGAACUCAGACAUGAUUUAGGCCUCCUGCUUAACGCAUAUGACUGUGCCCCCAACCCUCCAGGGUAUUUAAAACUGUUUCACAUUUUAUGUUCCCACAACCCAGUCUUUUGAGUUUUCUAGGUUGACUUCUCUGAGUAUUCUCUUUAUCUUUCCUACCGAUAACUCACUGGGGUUUUUUGUUGAUACAUCUAAGGACUAAACUGGGCACCAGGAGCUGCUUUUUGUGUACAGAGAUGUAGGUGGUAAUAGUGUAUGUGAAAGAGCAUGUCUAGCGCUGGACAUUCUCCCAGGAUGAGCACUGGCAGAGAUCUGAGGAUGUAGUGGCUUUUGAAUAACUGUUGCUUGCUGUGUGAUAGGCCUAUAAGGGCAAGAUCACAUAACUUGAAAUAAAGUCAGUGUAGAUUCAGUAUGUGGAUGUGGGACAGAGUUUGGAAGGAAAGGACUAGGUCUGGGAAGCUAAAGAAAUUCUCUUUUUUCUUAUGAACUCACUUGGUUUUUUUUUUUGUUUUGUUUUGUUU